GUCUGGUUCCGGGACUUAGUGACAGCGGCUGGCUGUGCUACACGUGACUUGGUGGCAGGGAACUGGUGAGGGUGGCUGAGGGAUGCUGCCCAUCCUGCCAUGCUGCUCAACUCCCUGCUGAAACUCCUGCAGAGGCAGACCUAUACCUGCCUGUCCCACAGGUAUGGGCUCUAUCUCUGCUUCGGGGGCAUGGUGCUGAUGAUCGUCUCGGCUCUGCAGUUUGGAGAGGUGGUUCUGGAGUGGAGUCGAGAUCAGUAUCAUGUUUUGUUCGAUACUUACCGGGACAACAUUGGUGGGAAGUCAUUUCAGAACAGGCUAUGUCUCCCCAUGCCCAUUGAUGUAGUGUAUACCUGGGUUAAUGGUACUGACCCAGAGCUUGUAAAGCAGCUACGGGAUGUUCGAGAGCAAAUGGAAGAAGAGCAAAGGGCUUUGAGGGAACUUAUUGGAAAUAACAGAACAGAGCCAACAAGGAAAGGUUCUAGUGACAAGAACCUGGAGUGUCUUCUUACACACUGUAUCCGUGUCCCAAUGAUUGUGCUAGACCCAGCCAUUCCUGCCAACACCACGAUGAAGGACUUGCAGUCCAGCAUGCCUUUCUUUCAUGGAGCUAUAUCAUUAUUUCAUGUUGCAAAACCUAAGAACCCGUCUACCAAUGUCACAGUAAUUGUCUUUGAAACUCAACAAGAAGCGGAAACUGCACAAGUGAAUGCACUGUUUGAAUUCAUAAAGGAAACGAUAUGGCGAGCUUAUAUGACCACUGACAAAGAUUCUCCAGGGUUAGUUCUCAUGCAGGACUUGGUUUUCCUUAGUGGAUUUUCAUCAACAUUCAAGGACACAAACCAACUAAAAGCAAAACUGCCAGAGAGUCUGUCUUCUAAGAUUAAACGGAUACAUCUAUACUCGGAAGCAAGUGUCGCACUUUUGCAGCUGAACAACCCCAAAGAUUUCCAAGAACUCAACAUACAAGCAAAGAAGAAUAUGACUAUAGAAGGGAAAGAGGUGACAUUGAGUCCGGCUUACUUGCUCUGGGAUCUUAGUGCAGUUAGCCAGCUUAAGCAAGAUGAGGACAUCUCAGCAAGUCGUUUUGAGGAUAAUGAAGAAUUGCGAUACUCCUUGAGAUCUAUAGAGAAACAUGCUCCUUGGGUUCGUCAUGUUUUCAUUGUGACAAAUGGCCAGAUCCCAUCCUGGCUGAACCUUGAUAAUCCACGUGUCACCAUUGUAACUCACCAAGAAAUUUUUUUGAACACCAGCCAUUUACCUACUUUUAGUUCUCCAGCCAUUGAAAGCCACAUUCAUAGGAUACCAGGGCUUUCCCAAAAAUUCAUAUACAUGAAUGAUGAUGUUAUGUUUGGAACCUAUGUCUGGCCUGAUGACUUCUUUAGCCAUUCAAAGGGACAAAAGGUUUAUUUGACUUGGCCUGUCCCCAACUGUGCAGAGGGAUGUCCAGGAUCGUGGGUCAAGGAUGGUUAUUGUGACAAAGCAUGUAAUAAUUCGGCAUGUGACUGGGAUGGUGGCGAUUGCCUUGGGAACAAUGCAGCUGGUCGGUUUGCCCCGGCAAUGGCUGGUGCGGGUCUUCUUAAUGGACAAGCUUGGCAGCCUGGACUUGGAAUAAGUGGUGUAUCCUACUGUAAUCAGGGUUGUGCCAAUUCAUGGCUUGCUGAUAAGUUCUGCGACCAAGCAUGCAAUGUGCUCAGCUGUGGGUUUGAUGCAGGAGAUUGUGGGCAAGAUCAUUUUGGAGAGCUGUACAAGCUAAACUUGCUUCUGAAUCAAACCCACUAUAUGGUUCCAAAAGGGGAAUAUUUGCCAUACUUCAGCUUUACUAAUAUAGCUAAAAAGGCAGUGGAUGGAGUGUACAAUGAGAACCCAAUUAUUCGUCAUGCCUCUGUUGCUAACAAGUGGAAAACCAUCCACCUCAUUCUGUAUCCUGGAAUGAAUGCCACCGUGGUACAUUUCAAUAUUACUUUUCAUGAUCAAAACGACAAGGAAUUCAAAAUGCACCUUCUCAUAGAUGUUGACACAACAGAAGACCAAAAGCGCACUAAUACUAGACCUGUACAAGGACAGAAAGAAGCAGGCGUUACUACUCCAACACCAGAAGCAGAAAUUCUUUUUGAGGACAUCCCAGAAGAAGACCGGUUUCCAAAACUAAAGAAGCAGAAACCAGAUGGAAAUCACGAUUUACAUGUCCAUAUCCCAAACCUGAAUGUUUCCUUCCUUCCUAACAAAGUCCAGGUGGCUCUUCAGAACCUGGACCUUCAACUUCACAAUGGUGAGAUCACAUUGAAGGGAUACAAUCUGUCAAAGUCGGCUCUGCUUGAACCUUUUGUCACCUUAUCGCCACGGAAAAAAGAAAAUGUAAACGUGCAAAAGCCGAUCAGUCAAGCAACUAUACCUGAAAACAAAACUAUGUCAGAGAAUAAUGCAAAUCCUCCAAUGGCCAAAUUAGACUCAAGAGUAUCAGAGCAGGAACAUGGUAAAUAUUCUGUCCAAAGUGAAUCCAAACUUAAUAGGAUUGGAGGGCUAGUUUCCAAAUUGCCGAAAGGUGUAAGUUAUUUAGAUGCUUUGCCAAGAAAAAGAGAGGACAGUGUCUUUCAAGGUAGAAAACUGCAAUAUCAACCAAGUUAUGAAGGAUUCCUACCAUGGGAAAGGAAAAAGUACUUCAAAGACUUGUUGGAUGAGAGAGAUACAUUGCAGCUUGAGCUUUCUUACAUCACUAAUGGCAAGCAAGUUAGCAGGAAGCUUCAAGACACAUUUGCCGAUUCCCUUCGCUAUGUAAACAAGCUCCUAAAUAGUAAAUUUGGCUUUGCAUCUCGGAAAGUUCCUGCUCACAUGCCACACAUGAUUGACCGUAUCGUUAUGCAGGAUCUACAGGAUUUGUAUCCAGCAGAGUUUGACAAGACAUCUGCCCAUAAAGUGCGCCAUUCAGAAGACAUGCAGUUCGCCUUCUCUUUUUUCUAUUAUCUAAUGAGUGCAAUCCAGCCACUAAACAUCUCCCAGAUUUUCUAUGAAGUAGACACUGAUGGGUCAGGAGUUCUGUCUGAUAGAGAAAUACGGACACUGGCUACAAGAAUACACCAGUUACCUUUAAGUUUGCAGGAUUUGACUGGCUUGGAACAUAUGCUUAUUAACUGCUCCAAAACACUCCAGCUGAACAGCACAGAGGAUUUGAUUGCUCCAGCAACACAAGAAUCGUAUUAUGAUCCAAAUUUGCCUUCUGUCACUAAGCAGCUGGUAAUGAAGUGUAAACCGGUUACAGAUCUGAUACGGAAGGCAUACAAAGAUAAGAAUAAAUACAGGUUUGAAAUUAUGGGAGAAGAGGAUAUUGCAUUCAAAAUGAUACGUACUAAUGUAUCCCAUGUGGUUGGCCAGUUAGAUGACAUAAGGAAAAACCCACGAAAAUUCAUCUGCUUGAAUGAUAACAUUAAUCACAAUCACAAGGAUGCCCAAACAGUGAAGGCCGUUCUACGAGACUUCUACGAGUCAAUGUUUCCAAUUCCUUCUCAGUUUGAAUUACCCAGAGAAUAUCGCAACCGCUUUCUACACAUGCACGAGUUACAGGAAUGGAGGAGUUAUAGAGACAAGUUGAAGUUUUGGACGCACUGCGUCUUGGGAACGUUGAUUGUAUUUACAGUCAUCUCUUUUUUUGCUGAACAGUUAAUUGCACUUAAAAGAAAGAUAUUUCCCAGAAGAAGAAUGCAAACCGAAGUGAGCCAAGAAAGAAGUAAAGUGUAGAAAAGGAAUGGCUGCUUAAAAGACUACCUCAAUACGAAGUACGUGGAUGUGUCAGAAUCUCAGCAGAAGACAAGGAAUAUGUUUCCACAGCACAAGGGUCGUGAGAGGGGCUGAGUGUUCUGGCUGUGGUUAGGUGGUUUCACUUUAUAGCUAUUAUGUCAUGAAGAGAACAUCCAGCACAAGCAGGGUCAUGGAUGUGUACAUGUGUGGCAUGUCCAAGCCACUGGAAUCUAAUAUGUGGGAAUCUGCUAGCGGUCACGCUUCUGCUUUGAACAUCUGACCUUUAAAACCAAAGGAUUAUGAAACGACAACAGCACUUCACAUUUUCAUGCCACUAAAAGUGGCAGCCCAGCGGGGGCGUUUUCAGAGACUUAUCGAAAAUGAACUACUUACACUCCAGUUUUGUACUACUCUCCUUCCACAAAAACGUCUUCAGUAUCAAAGUGUGACCAACAUUGAAAUUGUGUGACAUGGGAAUGUAUAUGUAAAUACAAGUCAAGUGCCUGUGUACAGAUAAUAUCCUUUAUCAUAUGUGUGACCUACAUGUAAUGUAUUGUAUGGAAGAGUUGAGACAUUGAUUUGCACUCCAAUGGAAUGGCUUGGGUCUACAAGUUGAGAAGGUUCGCCGCUGUUAUGUGCAUGUAUGGAUGUUAAACCCAUUACUCCUUUACCUCUCUCCUCCCAUAUUUAUCACUCACUUUGGGAAUUUGACAAAGAUGACGUUUCUUAACUGUAAUAAUAAUUCAUAUCUGGCGCCAUAGAAAUUAAAAUGAUUGUGUGAAUGUAAGUAAUUUUUGAAAAUUAUAUGGUUUUUAAUUAUCACAAAAUUUUAUUGUGCAAUAAAUUUUGUGUCACA